CUACAGCAAGGACAGCACCUACGACACCUACGUGGGCACCGGGUGGCUGAUCAAGGGCAUGGACCAGGGGCUGCUGGGCAUGUGCGCCGGCGAGAAGAGGAGCAUCAUCAUCCCCCCGUUCCUUGCCUACGGGGAGAAAGGCUACGGGACCGUGAUCCCACCGCAGGCAUCGCUGGUGUUCAGCGUGCUGCUGGUCGACUUCCACAACCCCAAGGACGGCGUUUUCCUGGAGCACCUGGAGGUGCCGGAGUCCUGCAAGCGCAGGGCUGUGACCGGGGACUUU